UGGGCCAAAGGCAGGUGCUAAACCUCUGAGCCACCCAGGAAUCCCCUGGAGGAGUGUACUUUUAAAUAGGAUGGAUAGGUAACAUAGGAGCAAAGACUUGAAGGAGGUGAGAGAGAGAGCCAGGUGGAUACCUGGAGAAAGAGCCUUAUGUGAAGGAGCAACAGUAGGUGCAAAGGCCCUGAGGCAUAAAAUAUGUCUGGCAUAGUUAAGGAUAAGCAAGGAAGCCGGUGUGGCUAGAGCAGAAUGGCAGACAAGGAGAGAAGUUGAGUCAAUAGGCUAGGGAAGAUCAGACCACCCAAGGCCUUGUAGAUCACAAUGAAAGCCUUUAGCUUUAAUUCUGAGUGAGAUGGGAGCCACUGGGCAGUUUGUACAGAAAGAAGACAGGAUCUGAUUCAUGUUUUAUAAAGAUCAUUCUGGUCACUGUGGAAAAAAAACAGAAACAGGACACUAGUUAGCAGGCUACUACAAUAAUUCAGGUGAGAGAUGAUGAAUGCUCACACAAGGGUAGUCAUGGCGACAUCAGUGAGGUGGUGAGAUUCUGAAUAUGUUGAAAGUAGGGCUACUGGCAUUUACUAAUAUGGGUAGUGAACUGUGAUGGGAAGAGAGAAGUCAAGAGAACGUCUAAGAUUUUGGCCAGAGGAACUAGAAAGUGGCAGUUGCCACUUACAGAGAUGGGAAGGCCCGAGGGAGGGGACAGGUCUGGGGGAAGAUCAGACCAUUUAUCUGCUGUAUGACUCUGGGUAAGUUAACCACUCUGAACCUUGGUUUCCUCAUCUUUACAAUGGUUAUAAUAACGUCUCUCCUGCAGAGUGGAGGUGAGGAGGGAGCAGGAAAGGGGCAAGCCUACAGCCUGGAUUGCCUUCACAGCCAUGCCUGCUCCACUGCUCCCACUGCUGCUGCGAACGCUGGUGUCUCGCCUGCUGCUGCCUGCUGCCCGCCUGGCCCGGCGGCACCUCCUGCCCCUGCUGCGUGGACUGGCCCGCCGCCUAGGCUCGCAGGAGGUUCGAGAGGCUUUGCUGGGCUGUCUGUUGUUCAUCCUCAGCCAGAGACAUCCGCCGGACGCCGAGGAGGCCUCCAGAGUGGCUGGCCAGGAGAGGAAGGAGAGGCUAGCUCCCCCCAAAUGAGGCUACGAUUCCUGCUACUGGCAGUAUCAUCAAAAGCCUUUCUUUUGGAGUAAGACAGUCCUGGCACCAUCACUGAGUGCAGCCUGUCCCCUGUGCAGAAAACACGGUGGGGGACCCAGUACAAGGGUCUGACUGGGAAUGCCUCCCCACUCCCAGCAGGAAUGCCUGGAAGAUGCCCAGCACCCAGCAGAAAACUGAUCAUUACCCCUCUCUGAAUUCCUGCCAAGACACCUUUCCUAAUCACAUCUGGGUCUAAGUUGGGGGCAAGGAAGUGACUCUCCUCUCCCAUGCUCGAAUGGUGACAUGAGGUCCAAUGAGGGACACUGCUUACCCAGGGGUAACUGACAAUUUCUCUGAAAGGCAAGAUUUUUAACCCCGACGGUCUGUCUCCAGACUCAGGAUUUAACUUAAAAUAAUAGGACCUUGGUUCCCAGGGAGUCAGUCUUGGCCCAAAACCUGGCAUGCAUCAGGUGCUCAAUAAACGUUUGUUGAUUUGA